CUCUCUGUCUGAGUGAAGUGAGGAGAGAAAAUCAAGUCUGACUGAAUGUGGUGGAGUGACAGAGGAGGGGGAGUCAGUAAUUACACAGGGAGAGAAGAGGGGGAGGAAAAAGACAGAGAGAUGUCAGGGAGUUAGAAAUAGACUUAAAACGAGAGAAGAGCCUGCGACGUCUGCUCCUGGAUCUUAUGACCUCUGAUAUUUUUCACAUUUUCUUGCUCUGGUGACGUCACUCACACCCGUCUGUUUGCAUCUGUGUGAGAGACAUUUGGACACAACUUUUGAGACGCAGUAAGAGGACGAUGGGAGCUCUGCGUGUCUCUUUCGCUCUUCUCGUCCUCCUCUCUUCACCUGCUCAAGCCCAGUGGUGGAAAUUCUUCUGGGCGCGUCCUAAAUCCAACUCCAGCUCCUCUCAUCAUCAUCCUCCUCCUCUUCCAUCUGCCUCUCCAUCCAUCACAUCCUCGGGUCCUUCUCACAGCCCGUGGACAACAGAGCUUCUGGGAGGAGAAGAGAUGGACAGGGUGACGGAGGAAACUGUGGAGGGUGGAACUCAGGCAGCAGGGUCUGUUCUGACCACGACUCACAGACCCGGAGUUUUAAUCCCGGGAAUUGGCACAGCAGAGCCUGAGAUUAUGGCUCUAGAAGAGAAAACAGGUGGUAAUGACAGAAUCAGGUCACAGCACAAACCACUGAAACACUGGAAAAGUGAGCGAGGCUCCCGGGCUCACCUGGACCUGACAGAGUUAAUCGGCAUACCGCUGCCUCCGUCAGUCUCCUUCACCUCUGGCUAUGAGGGUUUUCCUGCCUACAACUUUGGGCCUGAAGCCAACAUCGGUCGACUCACCAAGACCUUUGUACCGGGGUCCUUCUAUAAGGACUUUGCCAUCAUCGUCACGGUGCGACCGGCGAGCCAAAGAGGUGGGAUGUUGUUUGCCAUCACCGAUGCCCAGCAGAAGGUGGUGGAGCUGGGAUUGGCUCUGACUCCGGUGCGUGACGGCCUGCAGAGCAUCUUACUUUACUACACUGACAGAGAACAGAUGUCGCACAGUCACAAAGCUGCCACCUUCACUGUGCCGGACAUGACUGAGCAGUGGACACGCUUCACGGUGGUGGUGGAGCGUGAUGAGGUUCGUCUCUACAUGGACUGUGGAGAAGCAGAGAGGACGACGUUCCGCCGACGGCAGGAAGGACUCACGUUUUCUCACAACUCGGGCGUCUUUGUUGCCAACGCUGGAAGCACCGGGCUGGACAAGUUUGUGGGCUCCAUUCAGCAGCUAGUGAUAAAAGACGACCCGAGGGCAGCCGUGGAGCAGUGUGAAGACGAUGAUCCUUAUGCGUCAGGAUACGGCAGUGGAGAUGAAAAUGUGGACGACAGAGAGACGGAGGAGGAAAUGAUGAAGAAGAUGCAGCAAAGAAAACCUAACACAGAGCAAGAAGACAGUGUUCCAGUCAGAGCUCCGCCCACUGAGGCUCCAGAGGUGGAGCUUGAUGAGUAUUCUGGUCACAUGACACCAACAGAGGCCAAUGAGGAAAUGUUGAUUACAGACCCACGUGAGACGGACGAGGCAGGAGAGAAAUCAGGAGACGGUCACCUUAAGCCUGGGUUGAAAGGAGACCGUGGAGACCCUGGACAACCUGGUCCACCUGGUCCACCUGGUCUACCGGGUCCGACCCCUCUACCUGGACAGUCUAAGCCUGGACCACGGGGGCCCCAAGGGUCACCGGGGACCCCAGGAUUCCCUGGACUGCCAGGGAGAGAUGGAGAGAAGGGAGACAAGGGUGUUAAAGGAGAUGCAGGUCAGAGAGGAUCUCAAGGAUUUCCUGGUUUGGACGGAGAAGCUGGAUCCAAAGGAGAGAAAGGAGAACCAGGACUUGGUUUCCCAGGCCCUCCAGGCCUCCCCGGACCACCUGGACCUCCGAGAUCCCGGAGUGUACCUUACGGAGCAGACGCUCUUGGUUCUGGCUUUGAGGACUUCGACAGCGACACUGAACUCAUCAGGGGUUCUCCUGGUCCACCAGGUCCUCCCGGGCCACCCGGUCCCCCUGGACCCAACCUGUCACCUGACACACCUCACGGCCUCCUUCCUGGUCACACUGGUCCACAUGGUGUCCCAGGAAAAGAUGGACUCCAAGGGAAACCUGGAAUACCGGGUUCUGCAGGAAACGACGGAGUUCCAGGUCAACAGGGAGCCACUGGAGAGAAGGGUGAUCAAGGCUUACCUGGACCACCUGGACCUAAGGGUGAAUGUGGGUCCCAUGGCACAGCAGGAUCACAGGGUCCACAAGGGCCCACUGGCCCCGAGGGGAGGAGAGGCCCUGCUGGUCCUCCAGGACCACCUGGACCCCCUGGUCCUUCAGGAACCAAAUACUUUAUAGAGGAUAUGGAAGGAUCUGGAAAGAGUGACAUGCUCAUUGGAGCUGGAGUCAGAGGUCCACAGGGUCCUCCUGGUCUACCUGGUCUACAAGGACCCAAGGGUGAGGAUGGAGCUCCAGGGAUCUCUGUUAAAGGUGAACCAGGAGACCCGGGACCUGAGGGUCUUCAGGGUCCUGCUGGACUACCAGGCGCUCGGGGUGCUAAAGGAGAAAAGGGAAGUCCAGGCUUAAAGGGAGAUCGGGGUGAAGAUGGACUCAGUUUCCCAGGACCACCAGGGCCCCCUGGACCUCCGGGGACUAUUAUCAAUUUACAGGAUCUGCUCCUCAAUGUCACAGAUUUCAACUUCACGGAGAUCAGAGGACCACCAGGACCCAACGGACCUGAAGGUUUGCCAGGCAGAGCUGGGUUUCCUGGUCCCAGAGGACCAAAGGGAGACAGCGGCUCCCCAGGUGCCCACGGGCCACCAGGGAUUAAAGGAGAAAAAGGAGAGUCAGGAGUGACCAUUGCUGCUGAUGGAUCUCUAUUAUCUGCUCCCAGGGGUCCACAUGGGCCCAAAGGCAUCAAGGGGGACCGUGGGUUCCCAGGAGCUACUGGACUGAUGGGCCCGAUAGGACCGACUGGACAAAAAGGAGAAUAUGGUUUCCCUGGUCGCCCGGGGCGACCUGGUUUGCCAGGAAGAAAGGGUGACAGAGGAGAUGCUGAUGGUCGGCCGGGACCACCGGGUCCUCCAGGUCCUCCAGGACUUCCAGGAAGAAUUCUUGGUUUAAAUGGAACAGUGUUCCCGGUGCGACCCAGACCGCACUGCAAACAGGGACCAGGGUCAGUGGCAAGGAGAGGAGAUUCAUUUGGAGCCAAAGGCGACAAAGGGGAGGUUGGAUUACCUGGAGAACAAGGGACACCUGCUCCUGCAUUCGUAGAUGGAAUUGUGGGAGAAAAAGGUGAUCAGGGAAACCAAGGUGAGAAGGGAGAAAAGGGUGACGCCGGUGAACCUGGACCUCCAGGACUGCCUGGCAGAUCUGGUCUUGUAGGUCCAAAGGGUGAGUCCAUCGUGGGUCCUUCAGGUCCUGCUGGUUCUCCUGGCCAACCUGGAUCUGCUGGGUUUGGAAGACCUGGACCUAGAGGCCCGCCUGGUCCUGCUGGACCUCCAGGACCUUCAUAUGGAUCCAGUACAUCUGUAAGCGUUCCAGGUCCUCCUGGUCCUCCAGGUCCACCAGGAUCUUCAGGGCAUGGAAACAUGGUGACCACGUACAAAACGGUCCACGCUCUGACCAGAGAGAGUCAACGCGCAGCAGAGGGAACACUGGCGUAUGUGUCAGAGCAAGGAGGAGAGCUGUACGUCAGGGCUCGGAACGGCUGGCGUAAGAUCCAGCUUGGAGAGCUGAUUCAAUCAGGACCUUCGUCCUCAGCGGCGUCUCAUGCUCUCAGCAGGACUGGAGAAUGGAGCAGGACACACAGGAGCCACAGCCAGGAGCUGCAGGAGAACAACCGAGGAUAUCAGCCCAGCUUUAAUGUUCUACCACAGACCUUCAACGACGUCUCUGGGCUCCACCUGGUGGCGUUGAACGCUCCACUGAAAGGGGACAUGCGUGGAAUCCGCGGCGUGGACUUCCAGUGCUACCAGCAGGCUCGCUCCAUGGGACUGACUGCCACCUACAGGGCCUUCCUGUCCUCACACCUGCAGGACCUGGCAACCAUAGUGAGGAAGGUGGACCGCACAGCCAUGCCUGUGGUUAAUCUCAAGGGUGACGUGUUGUUCAGUAGUUGGACGUCCAUCUUCUCAGGAAAUGGAGGCUCAUUUAAUCCGUCCACACCAAUUUACUCCUUUGACGGACGCAACGUUAUGACUGAUUCAGCUUGGCCAGAGAAGUUGAUGUGGCACGGCUCCAGCGCGGUCGGGAUCAGACUGACCACAAACUACUGCGAGGCGUGGAGGACGUCCGACAUGGCGGUGACGGGUCAGGCGGCGCUGCUGCACACGGGACGACUGCUGGGUCAACACGCUCGCUCCUGCUCCAACCACUACAUCGUCCUGUGUAUAGAGAACACGUAUGUGGGCAGCACACACCCACGGAGGCCGUGACCACACACACGGCAAACACACACACAUGUGAACACAUGAGGAAACACACACACACACACACACGUGAACACAUGAGGAACGUAGGGAAUGUGAAUGGGAAACACAUGUAGGCACAUACAUAUAUACAUACAUGAUCAUUUGUCACUGUUUCACUGAAAUAUUCAAGUACAGACAAAAACAAAAUUCCCCCAAAAACAAUUUUGCCACUAAAUUCUUGUUUUCUUUUUUUUAAUCUAUGAACAAUAAGAAUAAAUGUAAGUUAAUCUGUCUGAGCAGAUUUUUAAUUUUGAAAAUCUUAAAAUUUCUUGCUUUAUUUUGCGUUGAAAUUAUGUAUUUAAUUUUUUUUUGUCUCUAAACUCCACAAAUGUUUUUUAACG